AUGGCGCGGACCAAGAAGAUAAAAGCGCACGUUGCCAGCGAUGCUCUCAUACAACAGUCCAUCGCCGACCAGGUCCGCGCAAAUGAGAACCGCCCAGACCGCUCCACCAUCGAGAACACGAAUCAUGCCAACAGACCGACGGCAUUCCGCGCAAGACAUCCUCGCCGCACGGCGACCUCUCUCCCAGCGAAGCUGCUGCAACCCUCAAACUCUGCGGGCUUCAGCAAGUUCCUUCUGCCUGCGACUCAGCUUUACGCCCAUCUUCUGGACCAUGCGCUACCAAUCUUCCACUGCCUCAUCCACACCGUACCUAAGCUGCUUCCGCGCAAGAGAGCCUCGGACCCGAGGAUGUGGAUCUAUCCGGAGCCGCUCCUAACUUUGAUCAAAGAGCAGAAAGAAUCGACCUGGCAUUACAUGCGACAGAUCGGAGAAGCUGUAGACUGGGUCGUCAGUGAGCCAAACGCAGGGAAGGGUCUUAAUGAGUCGGACGAAGGGAUGGCCACGAUCCAGCGCACCCGUCCGCUGCUGCGCUGUGGAUUGAUGGGUCAUGGGGCUACGAUCACGACUUCGGUAAAAAUGGUCCGAGCGGUCGAGGAUGCCGCCCGCUCAGGCAAUGAUGCAGCAGGCGAAAAGUGGCACUCGUCCCAAUUGGCGAUUUUGUGGCUGCACGAAAUGUCGCACGCAGUGGUGCACGCCGUACUUCCUGCGGAACCCGACACGCCGCAACACGUUUUUCUCGGUACAGAUGCGCCAACAUCUGAGGUGGGCUUCGAGGUCGAGCAGAGAAUCUUUGGUGGGAUCAUGUCGCUUCAGAGAGACGUAGUCCCAUGGGCGGGAGGAGUCUGCUUGGAGGAGUGGCCAGAUAGUCAGACUUUGGCUUACCACCGGGAGAUGGGCGACCUGAUCGAGACGAGAGGUUCGUCGAGAGCAUUGACAAAGGAAUGGAACGUGCUGUGGAAGGUCGAGAGUGACUUCUGGGAGCGUAUGUUCGAGGAAGAGUUCUGGCUUCAGGAGGGGAUCGCGGGCAAUCUUGCAGCGUUACAUGCCAAAAGGGAUGCUGGCGUUACGGCUGUGUUCAAAGACACGACGUUGGCCGAGGAGGAGGCUAUAGCUUCCGAGAUGCAAUCCAUGGAUUAUGCGGAAGUGAGGGAACACCUGUGGGUGAAGCAAGGGUCGGCUGUGGGCGAGAUCGAGACGUUCACCCAAAGCGAGAGGAAUAUGGCAGACAAGAGCAAGUCAGCUGAGACAUCAAAGCAACAGAGUCAGCGUUGA